UUGAAGCUUACACAGAGAGCAGAGGCGCCAAGCAGGGACAGGUAGUCGCGCUCCAGAGCGCUCAAGGGAGGUAAUGAGUGGGUCUGUGUCCGCCGGAUGGGGUGAGGAGACAAACAAUACUAGAAGACUCCAGGCCAGCAGGCAGCACAAAGCAGACCCGGCUGUUGGGGUCGGAGAGAACUGGCAGGACCUGGCGGGUUUCCGCUUCCCUCCAGGACAUUGGGUGAGGCAGUGAGGCCCGAGCUCGACAAAGAGCGCCGCUAUGUGGCCCCCCGACGCAGAUCCGGAGCCCGAUCCGGAGUCCGCGAACCGCCCCCGAAGUGGCAGGACAGUGCCCGGGCUCCGCGCCCUGCUGCCCGCGCGCGCCUUCCUCUGCUCGCUCAAAGGCCGCCUCCUGCUGGCCGAGUCGGGUCUUUCAUUCAUUACCUUCGUCUGCUAUGUGGCGGCCUCGGCAUCUGCCUUCCUUACGGUACCUCUGCUGGAGUUUCUGUUGGCUGUUUACUUCCUCUUUGCUGAUGCCAUGCAGCUGAAUGACAAAUGGCAGGGCCUGUGCUGGCCCAUGAUGGACUUCCUGCGCUGUGUCACUGCUGCCCUCAUCUACUUCGUCAUCUCCAUCACUGCUGUCGCCAAAUACUCAGACGGGGCUUACAAAGCAGCUGGAGUUUUUGGCUUUUUUGCCACCAUUGUGUUUGCAAUUGACUUCUACCUGAUCUUUAAUGAAGUGGCCAAAUUCCUCAAGCAAGGAGACUCUGUGAACGAGACCACAGCCCACAGGACAGAAGGAGAAGAUGAUUCCAACUCGGACUCGGACUCUGACUGAAGGCCUGUCUGCGCCUGGCAACUGGAGCACUUAGGCCUCCCACCCAUACCGUCCUGAUGCGGCUACAGGAGCAUGGCAGUGGAUGCCCAUGGGAGAGCAGACCAAGGAGCCAGUCUCUCGAGAUGACGCUCCUGAGCCUCACACUCCAAACUGGCUGUGCUGGCUUUGCCUGCUGAGCUAGCACAUGAGGGCACUUUGAAUAGCCUACGUUCUCCUGUUUCAGUCCUAAAGACCUUGAGCCUUUUCACCUCAGUGCCCCACAGAAGCAGAUGCGUCACAUGGAGCCAGUCACUGCAGUUCAUGUGGCAGCACAGGGUGGGGCAGGGCUGUCCUUCACUUACAGGGACAGACAGAAACCACAGCAGGGUGACCCACCCAGCCCCAGUGGGCUCUGCAUGGAGUGCUCCUGUUCACACCUGCACUUUGUUGAGAUGACUUUCAGGAAUCUUUGUUCAAGGAGUCCCCUCCUCACUGUGAAGCAGGGAGAAGUCUUACAUUGUGGGUCUGAGACCUUUCCAGAAAAGAGCCCAAAGACCAGCUUUCCAGGGCUAGCGGACAGGGAGCCAACUGCAGAGGCAGUGACAAAGUCACAGUGGCUGGGCGGGCCCAGUCAAGCCCUCUCCUCCUGGGGUUGCUAAGACAAUGUGCUGCCUUUGGACACCUGGGCAGGUCCACUGGUGACAUGGGCCUUCUCUGUGUUCACCUGGGGGCUGAUCCUGUGUAUGUCUUUGAUGUUUUCUAACUUUUUUGUAAUUUUUUUUUUUUAUUCAAAAGUGAAGUAACAAAUGGCAUUUUCUAUGACCCAAGAGGCCCCAUGAAUGAGCCCGAGUUCUGGGCCCAUGUCUUGGGCAUUUGUAACCUUCCUACCUUGCAUGUGAAUCCCCUCCCUAAAAGAAUGCCACAAUGGAUUAAAACAAACUGACUACCUGUUCAGAGUGUGCCUGACUGAGAAAUCCACGAGCUGCCCACAGUAACUGCCCAUUUCAACACAAGCAGGCACUGUGAGUCCUGAUGGCUGACGUCAGUGGCCAGGCAGUACUUAUCUCUGCUGGACAUCAGGUUAGCAUCUUUUACCCAGUCCUACAGUCAAGGCAGUAAAGGGUAAGCAGACACCCUGGUUAGGAUGGUGUCCUGACAGUCAAAACCUGGGGCUUCAUGAGCAGCUGCUACGAGGACCCUGGUCAGUGCUCAGGCCCAAGCACAUGGAAAGCAGCACAGCAUUCUGCUCAUUGUCACUGAACACACACUGAAACGCAUGGGUAGUCAGAGGCAGAGAGGCUGUGCAAUGCCCUGAAGCCUGGCAAACUGGUACUUGUUGUACAGUCUGGUUACAGCCUGUUGACUGUGGCACCAUGUCACCUCCACAGAGCAAGCUUGUUGCAGAAGUGGGGUCUAAAGCCUUUGGGGAGAAAGAAGAGACUAAAACAUUUUUAUAUGUCCAUUUAUUAAACAAGAACUCCUUCAUGACAAUACAGUAUUCAUUAGUGAUUAGUGUUGAGAAAAUUAUUUCCCUCUACAUACAAAAAUACAGAUUUGAACACUAUGAAAACAAUCACGACAAGUACCAUGAAAAGUUGGUCCUUCAAAGGAGAAAGUGGGGAGGCUGAGGGCAGUGUGAGGCUUUGUCUGCCAUCUGGGGCAAAUCAAUGGGAGCAAAUGCCACAGGGCCCCCACACCCCUCAUUUCAAGCACAGGAGUCAGACCUAGAGUGAGGGAGGCCUACCCAUGGUAGCCAUGUCAGAUGAGCCAGGAGGCAAAACUCACUACUGCAAACCACCCAAAUCAGUCUACUCAACAGCCUUCACCUUGGAAUGCCCACAUCCAUGUCUAUAAACCGCCAAAAAAAAAAAAACUUGAGCUGGGCAUGGCAGCACACUCCUGUGUCCCAGCAUUGAGGAGAAAGGGGCAGGGCGAUUGCUACAAGUUCAAGGCCAGCCAAGACUACCAGACUACAGAAACAAAACGUGGUAACUAUUAACAUUGUGCCAUUAGUUAAAUGAAGUGUCAGUGGCCCAUCCUGGCAGAAAGCUGUCAUUCGGCCACCUGAUGACUUUUUUUUUUUCACAGAAUUACAUGUUUUGACUUUUGACAAGAGGACAAAGACAAAGAGCUACAAGUUAAUAUCUCAGAGAAUCCGUACCAGACAACUCCAAAGUGCAGGGCCAGGAAAGCAGAAUGAGUGGCUGGGUCACCGUGCCCUGGCUUUAUCCAGCCCCGCCACAGCAGGGAAGCUACUGCAUUCCAGCUACCCAUAACGAAGGCUACCCACCAGGGCCAUCUACAACCCUACCUGGAAUCCAAAUGGGGUGAGUCCCAGAGCAAGUCUGAGGUGCUGCUGGGAAGCAGUGGCACUUUGCCUAUCCUAGGAGACAGCCAGAGAACAGUCGGAGACUGGCUAGGGUAGGAGGGCAAGGAGCCAAAUGCAAGCUCUUCCUGUCAGACCCAGUGAACAGGAAGGCAGGGGCACAGACAGAACUUGAAGAAAUGAGACCACUUCCUUCUUCCUGUUGGCGAGCAGCAGCUCCCCCAGUCCUAACCAACAGUUGAGUGAUGUCAAAUAGAAUUACAGGGACAUAACUUUUUCUAGAAAUGUCCUCUGCCUCUCAGACCUAACCAGCAGAACACAGUGCGAUGGGUGGGAGUUUGACUUUGAAAAAUACAUAGGAAGUUUAAGAGGAAAAUAGCCCAAAUUU